CAUAGAAAUGGGUCUUGGUUUUGAGUGACACUUUGCGACGCACGACCGCUUUUCUUUUUGCGAAGCCAAUUUUUUGUGUGUGUGUGUUGACGUCUCUUGGCGAUCUAUUCAAGUGAAAUAGACACAAAAAGAGUGCCUCAAAAUGAGAACUGUUUUAACAUUGACACUCGUCGGGAACAUCAGCGUCGUAUUAAUUGCUUUCGUUGUGACGAUGACGGUUGCAAUCCAACGUCCAGAUUCUGUGCGCCAUGAAUUCAGCCGACCCAAUCGCGUCAGCCGUUUCCAAGCGACGGUACCAUCCGAACAGUUUUCGAUUCAUCAUUUCCGGUCCGUCAAUCCAUCCUCCGGAUUGGAAGGUUGGUCUUCAACUUCUUCGGCAGGAUCGCCAUCAACCGUCAAGGUUCUUCCUUCUGGUUACCAUCGACAUGGCAGGCAGCCCAGAUUCGCAUCGCAGUCUAAAGUGUUACGGCUGGCCGUCUUGGCUCCCAAAGAUCCUCGACAUCAAUUCUCGCUCUUCAAAAUCCUUCCGGCCAUCACUCUGGCCGCCAGGACCAUUGAACGGAGUAGUAGCAAUACAAACGGCAGCAACAAUGGCCCGCUGCCUGGCUGGAAAAUUCAAAUUAUCGAUCGUGACUCAAACUGCUCCUCCAUCUACGGACCUCUAGAAGCAGUCGGCCUUUACAAUAACAAAUCUCUAGAUGUGUUCCUGGGUCCCGUCUGCGAGUACGUCAUAUCACCCGUGGCCAAGUACGCCGGUGUAUGGAACAUUCCGCUCCUAACAGCUGCCGCCCAGGCGGACGGUUUCAGUCACAAACAGCCCAACUAUCCACUUCUAACGAGAAUGAUGGGCUCUUACAGGGAAGUGGGGGCGGUCAUGGUUCAAAUAUUGGCGCGGUUUGAUUGGCGUGUGGUGGGCAUGCUGUACCACAAUCACGACGUCGGUAAGAGUGCGGGCAAUUCUCCGUGUUAUUUCGCAUUGGCGGCCGUUUACGGCCAACUGGACAAACAGGGACACAAGUCGGUGCACAAGAGUUUCGACGAGACUAACGGCAGUGUCAACUUCACCCAACUGCUCCUGCACAUUGGCGAACGCUCGCGGAUCAUUGUACUGUGCGCCGGGCCUCGCAAGAUCAAAGAGAUCAUGCUGGCGGCCGAAGAGCUCAACAUGGUGGCCAGCGGCGAGUACGUCUUCUUCAACAUCGAACUACUCAACAGCAAUAACGCGACCCUCAAGCCUUGGUACAGCAAGAGCGACACGGAGGCACAGAAUAAUCGAUCACGAAGAGCCUACGAGGCACUGUUAACCGUGUCGGCAAGGGUCCCGGAUACAGAGCAAUACCGCGAUUUCAGCGACGAGGUGAAACGCAUCGCCCGCGACGAGUUCAACUACACUUACGACGAGGAUCCCGUCAAUCCGUUUGUUGCCGCAUUUCACGAGGCCGUCCUCCUCUACGCUAUCGCCUUGAACGAGACCCUGGCGGCCGGCGGGAACGUGUCCAAUGGGACGGCCAUCACUUCGCGCAUGUGGGGCCGCACGUUUGUCGGUAUUAGCGGCAACGUCAGCAUGGACGAAAACGGGGAUCGCAAUGCCGAUUAUUCCCUACUCGAUAUGGAUUCCGUAACAGGAGUCUUUCAGGUAGUGGCCAACUAUUACGGCGUAUCGAAGCAGUUGGUUGAUGUUCCAGGUCGUCGCAUUCACUGGGCAGGAGAUAGAAACGGCCCUCCUCCGGAUACGCCUACCUGUGGAUUCGACAAUAAAAAAUGCCCUGAUGAAACUACGGCCAUUUACGCGAUCAUCACCAUAGUGCUGUCAUCCGUCGUUGUAGUCCUCAUCAUCACAUCAGCAUUCAUUUAUCGGCAUUACAAAGAGGAAGCAGAAAUAGCGUCCAUGACUUGGAAAGUUGCGUGGAGCGACGUCGUCCUAUUCAACGGAGAUCGCACAGGUCGAGUAAGCGGCGGACAGGCCGGAACUGGGAAGUGCGGUAGCCGAUUGUCCAUCGGUCGCAACAGUAUAUUGAGCAACCUGUCGACUGAGAUGGUGGGAAACUUUGCUUCUAACAAGCAGCUCUUCAUUCAAACGGCCAACUACAAAGGCAUGGUGGUGGCCGUCAAAGCCAUCCCCAAGAGCAAAGUGGAACUCAAUCGGCCUCUACUGCUGGAACUGAAGCGGAUGAAAGAUGUGACUCACGAUCAUUUGGUGCGCUUCAUCGGUGCCAGCGUUUCGGCGCCUCAUUGCUGUCUUCUCACAGAAUACUGCCCAAGGGGCUCUCUCGAGGACAUCCUAGAAAACGACCAGAUCCAGUUGGAUGCCAUGUUCCGCCGCAGCUUGAUACACGACAUCGUUAAAGCAAUGGCCUACAUUCAUUCAUCGGAAAUCCGUUCGCACGGUAACCUCAAAUCGAGUAACUGCGUCGUGGAUAGCCGUUUCGUGCUGAAAGUGACCGAUUUCGGGCUGUACUCGUUGCGUUUGCCAACCGACGAAGAUGAUGCUACCAACGAUUGCAAUUCAUAUGCCUACUGGAAGCGCAAAUUGUGGACAGCACCCGAGCUACUACGAAUGGAACAUCCCUUAACGGAGGGAACGCCAAAAGGCGACGUCUAUUCAUUCGCCAUCAUCGCUCAUGAGAUCCUCGUCCGACAGGGACCUUUUUACCUGGCCGACAAUGAUCUCAGUCCCAAAGAAAUUAUCGGUCACGUCAAGAAUGGUCCACCGCACGGAAACAAACCGCCAUUUCGGCCAUCGAUCGAGGACGAUCUAGGCGACGAGGAAGUGGUUCAAAUGAUGAAACGUUGCUGGAUGGAAGAUCCUAACGAACGGCCGGACUUCCAAGUCCUCAAAGCUACGAUCCGCCGUCUCAACAAAGAUAACGAGAGCGGCAACAUAUUGGACAACCUGCUCAGCCGCAUGGAGCUGUACGCCAACAAUUUGGAGCAGCUCGUCGAAGAGCGGACGGCCGACUAUUUGGAGGAGAAGCAGCGCUGCGAGGAGCUACUCUAUCAACUGCUGCCAAAGCCAGUUGCCAGUCAGCUGAUUGCUGGGCAGUCGGUAUUAGCGGAGACGUUUGACAAUGUCACGAUCUAUUUCUCAGAUAUCGUCGGUUUCACCGCCCUAUCGGCCGAGUCCGCCCCUCUCCAAGUUGUGGAUCUCCUCAACGAUUUGUAUACUUGCUUUGAUUCCAUCAUCGAGAACUUUGAUGUCUACAAGGUGGAAACGAUCGGCGAUGCGUACAUGGUCGUUUCAGGACUGCCGGUCAGGAACGGUAACUUACACGCCCGUGAAAUCGCACGUAUGUCGCUUCGGCUGCUCCAAGCGGUCGGCCACUUUCGCAUAAGGCAUCGACCCAACGACCAGCUGAAACUGAGGAUCGGACUUCAUUCAGGCCCUGUGGUGGCCGGCGUUGUUGGUUUGAAAAUGCCGCGCUACUGUCUUUUUGGCGACACUGUCAACACAGCGUCCCGCAUGGAAUCCCACGGACUUGCUUUAAAGAUACACGUCAGUCCUGCGACAAAGGCUCUUCUAGAUUCUUUCGGCACUUUCCGAUUGGAAUUGCGAGGCGACGUCGAAAUGAAGGGCAAAGGCAUCGUUACGACGCAUUGGCUGCUGGGUGAGACGACGGAUCUACCAUCGGCGCCUACCGCGAUCACUCCCAAUUUGACGUCAACCUCUGCCAAAGUCUAGCCCCUUUCUUUUUAUUAUCACUUUCUAUUUAUAUUGUUUGUUUAUUCAUUUAUUUUUUCACGUUUUCAAACAAACCCCCAUCAUUCCCUUUGGCCUACGGUGUCCCCCUGAAUUCGUUCAUCACCUCAUCCCGUAUUAUUAUUCCCUGUAUCGCAUCCACAAGAAAUUUUAUCUGCUCCCCCUUUUUUAAGAAAACCUUGCCUAUCCACCUGCAGUAUUUAUAAAACCCUUAAAGGCACAUGUGUUGAAUGAAUCGUAUUCUAGUCAAAACAUUCACACACAAAAAAGAUUAAGACCCAACACAUCGGGAGCAGAUCUCUUGUCGAUGUCAAGGAUGUGUAUUUUCAAAUUUUAGGUUUUACAUCAUAUAUUAUUACAUGGUUAUUAUACGCUGUCUCUUUCAAUUGCCAUUGCUGUUUGAUUGUUUUCGAUUUUGGACCACGAUUUUUUCUCCCUAUUAUCCCCCAACGUAUAUGCUGU